AUGGUCAGAUCUCUUGCGCUUUGCCAGGUUGAUCAGGCCCACAAGGUUUUCGAGGCCCUGAAGAAGUGGCACUGCGAACCUGAUGAAUACACGUAUACCAUUCUGAUAAGAAUGACUGGGAAAUUAGGGAAGCCCUGCGAAUCACUGUCCUCCUUUCAGGAGAUGCUGUCGAAGGGUAUUUCACCAAAUUUAAUUGCUUAUAAUACUAUGAUUGAAGCUCUUGCCAAAGGUCGAAUGGUUGACAAGAGUAUCUUUGUCUUUUCUAAGAUGGUGGAGAAUAAUUGCCGGCCAAAUGAAUUUACUUACAGUAUUAUUUUUAAUGUAUUUGCCGUAGAAGUGCAACUUGGAAGACUUGAUGAAGUUGUGGAAAUAUCUAAGAGAGACAUGAAUAAAUCAAUAUACGCAUAUCUGGUUAGAACUUUGAGUAAGCUAGGUCAUGCUAGCGAAGCUCACAGGCUGUUUUGCAGUAUGUGGAGCUUCCAUGAUAGAGGAGACCGUGAUGCUUACUUAUCCAUGUUAGAGAGCUUAUUCAACGCUAAGAAAGUAACUGAGGCUAUUGACUUGCUGAGUAAGAUGAAUGAAAAGGGAGUACAAGCAGAUACCUUCAUGUAUAAUACUGUCUUCUCUAAGCAGAUUUCUCAUCUUCAUGAUCUCUAUGAGAAGAUGAAACAAGAUGGCCCCUCACCAGACAUCUUUACUUAUAACAUUUUGAUAUUUAGCUUGGGUAGAGCGGGAGAGGUUGAGGAAGCUCUCAAGAUUUUUGAAGAACUUGAGAAUAGCAAUUGUACACCUGAUAUUGUCUGCUACAACUCCUUAAUAAAUUUUUUGGGGAAGAAUGGUGACAUUGAUGAAGCGCACAUGAAAUUCAUUGAGAUGCAGGAAAAGGGCUUUAAUCCUGAUGUAGCAACGUAUAGCAUUCUUAUUGAGUGCUUUGGGAAGACUGAAAAAGUUGAGAUGGCACGUCGGCUCUUUGAUGAAAUGGUUGCAGCUGGCUGUUAUCCCAACAUAGUGACAUACAAUAUCCUACUUGACUGUCUCGAGAGAAGUGGGAGAACUUCAGAAGCUGUUAGUUUAUAUGCGAAAUUGAAAGAACAAGGUUUGACAGCUGAUUCAAUCACGUAUACCAUCCUUGAGCGUUUACAAAGUGGUUCUCAUAGAACAUCGAGAGUUCGCAGACCAAAUCCAAUCACUGGUUGGGUGGUUAGCCAUUAAGGUGACAGGGAAAAAGGAUUAGAUUAAGCUGCUCAUGAUUGCACACUUUAAAGGAUUUUACCGCUCAGUUAUGCUUCGCUAAAGCAACAUGACACUGAAUAUAUACUGAGGACUUAAUGAUACGGGAUUAAGCUGCCCCGAGGAGUGACCUGCUGUUGAGGACAUGAAUUGAUUCUUAUGUGAAAUUUUGACAGAGUGUAGGACCAGGUGGACAGUCGUAAAUCAAUUUGAUUUAAGUGGUACAUUGAAUUUAAUACAAUGUGAAAAAUGAAUGCUGCUGCAUCUUUCUCAAGUUCAUAUCCUUCAAUGAGUUUUUUGGCCUUUUAACUUUGAUAUGUUAUAUAUGGAGAUCCUUGGUAAAUGUCACGACCCAACCCGCCAUGACUGGCACCCACACUAACUCGUAGUGGGCGAACCAACACAUAAGUCAUCUAUUCAUUCAAGUCCAUUUUUAUAUUAGCCAAUUCAAUCAGUUAACACCCAUUCAAGCACAAGAUAAUCAAAAAUAAGUCAUGCCAUAAAAUAUCGAAGUAAAUGCGGAAGUCCUAACUAUUACAAAACCCCAAGUUUACAUGAAAUCGUAAAGAAAUAUGGUAGGGAAAUUACAUGUGCUGAAACUUGUGGAUCACAUGCCAAUUCUUGAAAAUCACUGAUAUUUUCUUUUUUCUUCUCCUGAAACUGAAUGAUUCAGAAGCCAUGGGCUACUUUUUUGGGAUCAGCUACGUUGAAGAUUGCAAAUUAACUGGUUCAUUACUAAUGUAUAGAAACCAGUUAACAUUCUUGAAAAUUGUUGACAUGUCCUUUUCAUUUCCUGAAACUGAAUAAUUAGAUGCCAUGGGCUACUAGUUUUAAAUCAGAUAUACUGAAGUUUGCAAAUUUACUGGUUUCUUUACUAUGUAUACAGGUUCUUAUAAAUCAAGCUGGUCUCAAGCUACAAGAGAAUGUAAUGAAUCCAAUGAACAUUCCCCCAUACUUUCUUCCUUUUAUGGCUCCUUCUGUAUGUGCUUCAUAUGACUUGUAUAUUGUGUGGAUUACAGUAACCCCAUAAAGUCUUUUAUGGGAGUUUUUCUCAAUGUUGUCAGUGGCGUUAGCCUGUCAGAGACUGCUGGUGAUCUUGCAGUAGCAGCAACAAUUUGCAGCUGUUUUCUGGAAUUCCCUCUUCCUGUGGGCAUAGCAUUCAUCGGGGAAAUUGGCCUUGGCCGUGAAAUUCGUACUGUACCAAGAAUGGACAAAAGGGUAAUUACAGCGGCGAAGCUGGGAUAUAAGAAAUGUAUAAUUCCCAAAUCAGCUGAAACAUCAUUGUCAGCUUUAGAUCUCGGAGAUACUGAGAUUGUGGCCUGUAGGAAUUUGAAAGAGAUGAUAAACAUUGUGUUCAGAAAACGCUGAGAUGGUUGUUGUGAUUUUUUUGUGUAAAUGGUGAUGCAAUCUACCCAGAUAUCAGUACUGUAUAUGAUCUAGGUUGUGCCUUGUAUUUUGUCGAGCGUAUUUGUGCCGUUUUGCUCUCAGUACUGUAUAUUAAACAGAGACAAAUUGUCUAAAGUGUAUUACCUAAUUUUGGUGGCAUCUGUAAAUUGGUGAAGACGUUUGAUAUCACAGUGUUUAUACUGGUCAUCCGCACAAAUGCCCCUAUUUUGGGAUGGUCUUUAAUUUUUGUCCUACAGUAUUUUGGCGCGGCAUAACUUAGAUUUCGCUCGGCAGCGUUUACGUUUAGCUUGACAUAUGUAUCAUAAUAUUCAUACAAGUUAUGUCGGACACGGCAAAACUUUCAACACUCAACAUAAUUUGAAAAAAGUCAUAAGUUAAGAUUUCACUCGGCAAAGGUUACAUUUAGCUCGGCAUAUGUAUCAUAACACCGCACAAGUUAUGCGAUGAAAGGCAAAACUUUCAAUGCGCAACAUAUUUGAAAGUUACUACAACACUUUUGCUGCAUAACUUAACUUGUGC